AUGGUAUUUUCUAGGACUCUUUUAUUCCUGGCAUUAAUAACAUUUGCUAGGAGCGAUCCUGUGAAUCGGAACAAUGGAGCCCUUUGCCAGUUUUUCCAAAACGUUGAGACGUUCCAAGAUGACCAGUGGGAAGAUUCAGUUAUUCAGAUGAAGAGCCUCUUAUCGAAUAUGGUUGAUGCCUUACAGCCUUAUUCUGAGUAUCAAGAUUACAAGGAAAGAAUGAAGGCGUAUCUCGAUAUUGGAAAGACUAUAGAAAAGUCAAGUUCAGUGCAACAGAAGAUGGAAUAUUUUAACGGAUUUAAUAACUUUGCUGAAAGACCAUUUUUGACUGGGUCUCCCGCCAAAAAGGAAGCGCUAACAAGCCCGUUGAUUAUUUUCCGAUUCAACAUGAUUAAUAAUGUUUAUUCAGAACUUCACAAAAAGAUAAUUAAAGCUGCCGACGACUUGGAACGAGUGCUAAAUUUCUCAGAUAACUCUUCUAGAGGAGAGCUUUUUACACUAAUCAAUCAAUACCGAAAGCAGGGAAUCGGAGAGAUGACUGAAACCAUUGCAUCUCGUAUUUUGGCGUUCAAGGAACCAAAUCAAUGUGCUUAGAUAAGAAAACAAAGCUUUAUCAAAAACUUACAAAGUUUGUAUGCCUAGUGUAAUAAAUAAAAUACAUGUGUAUUUAAAUCAAAGAAUUGUA